AUGAAUAAUAAGACUCCGCCAAAGUUAGGUGCUGAUGAAUCAUUGGAAGUAAUCAGUGGAAAAAGUGUGAUAUUGAAUUGUGAUUUGGUGGAACAGGAGGGAAUCAAAUCAACCAUUUCAUGGCUUAUGAAUGGUUUUGAAAUGUUACCAACAAAUGCACAAAUCGUUUUAAAUGGACGCCGCAUGUACAUUAAUGAAGCAACGAUUCUUAAUGAGGGCAUAUAUCAGUGUCGAGCGAGGAAUAGCGCCGGUGAAAGCACUAAAAAUUUCGCAUUAAACGUUUUAGUACCACCAACUUUUCGUGAUAAAAAAUACGAAACAAACAUUCAAGUGACAUCGGGGAUGGCAUUAUCAUUGAUAUGUUAUGUGGAUGGUCAUCCAUUACCAAAUGUCCAGUGGCUACAUAAUGGUCAAAUGCUAAAUGAAAAUCAUACUUCAAUGAGUGAUCGAAAUCAAAAAUUAGUUGUACAACAUAAUGAUUAUGCUAAUCAUAGAUAUACAUGUAUUGCAAGUAAUAAAGCUGGCAAUAUAUCACGUGAAUUUCUUGUUCAGAUGAUAGUUCCUCCAGCAAUUAUCAAUUCUGAUAAUUAUUCGUCAGUUGAAGUUGUCGAAGGAAAUGCGAUAACAUUAGAGUGUCCACUGGUCAUACCAAUUAAUAUCGUUGAUAUAGAAUGGUUUAAAAAUGGUCGUCCAAUAACGUCGAAUGAUGCAAAAAUGCAAAUUUCAUUGGAUAAAACUCAAUUAGUAAUUGCCGGUAUUCAAAAAGAAGCUGAAGGUAUGUAUACUUGUGUAGCAAGAAAUCCAGCUGGUCAAGCAACACGAGAAUUUGAUGUUUCAGUCAUUGUUCCUCCAAGUAUUAUUGGUAAGGCAGUUGAAUAUAUUUCAAUUGUGGAAGAUGAAUCAUUAGAACUUGAAUGUGAUUUUGAAGCAGACCCCAUUCCAGAAAUGUACUGGUUUAAAGAUGGUGCUAAUAUUGAUGAUAGUGUACAGCUUUUAAAUGAGAAAAGAACUGCAUUAGUAUUAUCAGUGAAUUCUAAUAGUGCUGGAAGUUAUCGUUGUGGAAUUAUCAAUAAAGCUGGUCGUGCCGAGAAAACAUUUAAUGUGCAUGUUAUUAUGAAACCUGAAAUGGAAAAUGCUAAUGUAACAGCAUUAAUUGAAACACUUGCACAUCAACCAAUAAGCCUUGAAUGCCCAUUAAUGAUCACUUCCGAUGUUAAUAUCUCAUGGACUAAAAACUCUAUCCCAUUGAUUCCUAAUAAUAAUGAUAUACAGAUUUUAAAUAGUGGACGACAGCUUGUUAUCUCUGAUGUUCAAUCGGAUGAUCAAGCAACGUACAGUUGUGUGGCACGUAAUAAAGCUGGUGAAGCAAGCAAAAAUUAUAGAUUAUCAGUAAUUGCUCCACCAACAAUUACUAGCAUAGGUGGAUUGUAUAAAGUAAUUGAAAAUAAUUCGUUGGUUUUACCAUGUGAAGUUGAAGGCGAGCCAUAUCCAACAAUCACUUGGAUAAAGGAUGGUAAGUCAGCACUGGAAUUAAUUUCAGUAGAGGCACUUUCAGACGGACAACAGCUUAGAAUUGCACAAGCCAGUGUGGAACAUCGUGGAUCUUACGUGUGUUUAGCGCGAAAUAAAGUUGGCCAAGCGGAAAUUAGCUUCGAUGUAGAUGUCAUAACUCUUCCGGCAAUAGCUGAAGGAGUGAAGAAAAUAAUUGAAGUGAUACGGAAUGAUUCGACUGUAAUUCAUUGUCCAAUAAUUGACAAAAGAUUUUCCGGUGAAGUAACUUGGCUAAAAGAUAAUCAACCAAUGAAAAUUGAUGGUCAGAAAUAUGCAAUAUCACAGCUAAGUCGUAAACUUCACAUUAAUCAAGCUCAUCUACCUGAUGAAGGAAGAUACAGUUGUCGUGUCCGGAAUGAUGCCGGUGAAUCAAGAGUCGACUAUAAAUUAAACAUUCUACUUCCACCAGAAAUAUUAAUUCUAGAUAAGGACAAGAACAGAACUGUAGUCGAAAACAGUGCAAUUUCAUUAAGUUGCCCGGUAACUGGUAAACCGGAACCGAUAGUAGAAUGGUUUAAAGAUGGUGAGCUCCUUACAUCAAUUAACAUUACAAAACGAAUUGAUACAGGACAUAUAAAAGGCAAUGAUCUAAAAAUCACGAAUGUAAAAGUUAUAAAUUCAGGCCGUUAUACAUGUGAAGCACGAAAUAAGGCUGGAAUGAUAGAACAAGACAUUUUAUUAUAUGUUAUGACACCACCAAAAAUAGAAAGCGAGGCGAUACGUACCGAAAUCAGCGGUAAAUCACAAAGCGCUUUGACAAUUAAUUGUCCUGCAUAUGGUCGUCCAACGCCAACAGUAGCAUGGUUAAAGGAUGAUAAACCAUUUUAUCAUGAUUCUGAUGUUUAUUUAUCAGCUAACGGAAGGAAAUUACAUUUUUUAAAUUUAAAAAAGGAUGAUGUUGAUCGUUACACUUGCAUUGCACGAAAUCCAGCUGGCGAGGAAAAGCGUGAUUUCAUCGUGAAAUUAUUAGAAGCACCAACAAUUGAAGGACCAAAUAUUUUACAUCGUAUGCAGGUGAAUGCAGGUCGAACAGCAAUUAUUAAUUGCCCAGUAUUCGGCAGCCCUGAACCAUCAAUAGUAUGGCUUAAAAAUGGACAAGCAUUAGAGAAUGAUAAACAUUUUGCUAUCUUAAAUGGUGGACGGCAACUUGAAAUAAGCGAUACUUCUAUGGCUGAUGAUGCAAGAUAUACAUGUAUAGCAACAAAUGAUAUUGGUUUAGCUGAUUUGGAAACUUAUCUUCAAGUUAUGAGAAGCCCAGUGAUAGCUGGGGACAAGCAGGAAGUAGUUGAGGUAUUUGUUAAUGAAGCAAAAGAUUUGUUUUGUGAUGUUUCGGGCACCGAACCAAUUGAUAUUGAAUGGUUACGUGACGGAAAAGCUAUCGAAUUUGCAAGCGAGUCACGUUCUACAAUCAAUAGUUACCUUCAGGUUUCCUCUCGUGGUCGAAUUUUGCACAUUCUAUUGGCGCAGAUCACGGAUACUGCUCGAUACAUGUGUGUUGCACAGAAUACUGCGGGUGAAGCUAAGAAAAUAUAUGAUUUACAUGUUUUGGUUCCACCUAUCAUUAGCGAAACCUCUUCCUCACCUCCGUUGCAAACAGUAAUUCCCGGGACCGGCUUUUCUUUGGAAUGUGUAGUUCAGGCUAUUCCGGAUGCACAAAUUAUAUGGACAAGAAAUAAUCUAUUAAUUAAACCGGAUUAUCAUUCAGUAUUUCUCAAUAAUAAUCAAACAUUAUGGAUAAAUAUUGCACGUGAUGGCAUAGAUGGACGUUAUACUUGUACGGCAACAAAUAAAAUUGGUCAAGCAAGUCGUGAUUUUAUCAUCAAACUUACUGUUCCACCAAUUGUUGAUCGGGUUAUUCAAGAAAUCGAGGUAGUGGUAGGUGAAUUUGUCAUUUUGACUUGCAAUGCACUUAGUGGUAGUGGAAAAAUAGCAACAAAAUGGAUUAUUGAUGGACGAAAAGUGAAAAACGGGCGAAUCAAUCCAAAUAUUUUAGUGGAUGAUCGACGAAUCGAAAUUCGAAAUGCACGUUUGAGUGAUUCGGGUAAUUAUAUUUGUGUCGUUGAAAAUGAAGCAGGAGAAGCAAGAAAAACAUAUCAGCUUACUGUAAAUGAGCCGCCGCGUUUUUUGGAUAUGACCAAUUUAAAUCCAUCAAUUAUUGUUGGGAGACCGUUAUUAUUGGACUGUUCCGUAACCGGUACGCCAAAACCGGUACUCAUCUGGACAAAGGUUAGUUAA